AUGGAUCCUAACAAACCAGAUUUUUCUAAUUAUUUUUCUGAUUUGGGUGAUGAUUUUGUCACUAACCCUCGAUUUCAAACCUUCCUUCAACGAAUAGCUACUCAAUAUCCACCGCAACAAACACCUCCUCAAUUUCCACCACAACAAACACCUCCUCAAUUUCCACCACCACAUUCACCUCCUGUUUAUCAAGGGAGCAAUUCUCAAUAUGAAGAUGAAAUGGAAGAAAGUGUUCCAGAUACUCCACAAUACCCUCCACCUCCUCCAAGAGUGUCUGUCAAUCAAAACCAACCACUUACAAAAGGGAGUCGAAUGUGGUCUGUUGCGGAGGAUGAAACUCUUAUUGGUUUGUAUCUGCAAUUCAGUGAAGAUGCAAUUGUUGGUACAAACCAAAAAGCAUCUGUGCUUUGGAGAAAAAUUUCAGCGGCAUAUGAUGAAGCGCAGGCUGAGAAACCUCACAUUCUACCACCAAGACCUUUGAGGAGUUUGGAAAGUCGUUGGAGAAGGAUGGCAGCUGAUUUAAUACAAUGGAGUAGCUGCUAUGACGAAGCAGGAAGGGUUACAGGAAGUGGCUACAACGAAGAAGAUCGAAUUAAUAACGCCAGUAAGUUAUUCUAUGCUUCCUCCAAGCCUACUCAACAUAAUUUUAAUUGUCACCAUGGUUGGGAAAUGGUUAAAAAUGACCCAAAGUGGAGGACAAAACUUAGGUGGGCGUUGUCAAGAGAGGAAAGAUUAGCUGUAGGUGAUGCCGUCGAAGAUGAUAGUAGUGGCAGUGAUAAGCGAUGUAGAACCGUAGAGGAAGGUGAUACACCAUCCACGGGUUUCUGUUCUGGAGGUCUUCCUCGACCCGAUGGUGUUAAAAAGGCAAAGGCCAAGCGUAAUAAGGGAAAAGAAGUGGCUUCUGAUUCUUUAACCAUUGGUGAGCAAAUGAAGCAGAAUAAUGCCUGUAGGGAAACAGAGGCACAAAUACGGUUGAAGAAGUUGGAUUUUGACAUGGAAAGGGAGAGGAGGAAACAAAAACAAGUCGAAAUUCAACAAAAACAAGUUGACAUACAAGAGAGAAGGCUGAACUAUGAAAUGCUGCAAGAUCUACUUUCAAAGGGUACUAAUCUAACUCCCGAUGAAGAGGCCUACAAGGAGGAAUUACGUGCAAUGCUAUAUGGUAGAAGUGUUUAUUUGGUGGUUGAGGGGGAUCAAUUCUUCCAGCAACGUCGAAAUGCAGCUGGGAAGCUUGGUUUAUCACCGUUGCAGAAAUGCACCGCUGCAAUAAGAAUGUUAGCGUAUGGCGUAGCCGCAGACGCUGUGGAUGAAUAUUUACGUCUCGGCCAAACAACCUCUAGGCAGGCAUUGCAACAUUUCUGUCAAGGGGUUAUUUCACAAUUUGAAAGUGAAUAUCUACGAAAACCUACAGAUGAAGAUUUAAGGAGAAUCCUUCAUCAAAAUGAUCUGCGUGGUUUUCCAAGGAUGAUUGGUAGUAUAGACUGCAUGCAUUGGGAGUGGAAGAAUUGUCCUACUGCUUGGAAGGCACAAUAUGCUGGUCGUAGCAAGAGUGCAACUCUCAUUCUUGAAGCUGUUGCUGAUCAGGAUCUAUGGAUUUGGCAUGCGUUCUUUGGAAUGUCUGGGUCAUGUAACGAUUUGAAUGUCCUUUACCGUUCACCGGUAUUUGAUGAUGUUUUACAAGGUCAUGCACCACCCAUAAAUUUUACGGUUAAUGGACAUCAAUAUGAGUUGGGCUACUACUUGGCCGAUGGGAUUUACCCGAGAUGGCCAACUUUUAUACAGGGUAUAACACAUCCUCAUGUUAGAAAAGACAAGUUGUUUGCUGAUCAACAAGCAGCAGUUCGGAAAGACGUCGAACGGGCUUUCGGAGUUUUACAAGCUAGGUUCGCUAUACUACGACAACCAGCACUUGCAUACGACGAAGAUAUUCUCUGUGAUAUUAUGAAAGCCUGUAUAAUAAUGCACAACAUGAUCGUCGAGGAUGAACGACACAACUACGCACGUGCAGAUGUUUUGAGACGAUACUACGAAGAAGAUCGACCACAACGUACGGUGAGGCGGGCAGACCCGAGCACAAGUGCCACGGUGUUUAACAACGAGCCAUUUGAAUUCAACGUCGGGCGACCACCCAACAUUGAUUUCAACACGUAUUUGGAGAGAAGGAUUUCCCUUCGUGAUAGAGAAAUUCAUUCAUCUCUGAAACAAGAUUUAGUGGAGCACAUAUGGCAGAACUUUCGUCAUAAUGCGGUUGAAUAA